AUGCUGUUGUUCCUGCCGCUAUUGCAGUUUUUCCACGUCAUUGUCAUUAUCGCGGUCAGUUUUGAUGAGGAGACAAAUAUCCUGGCCGCUGCCAUCGUGGACAUUCUAGGCGUGAGUUUCGUUCGCGCCGAGACGCCGACUGUCUUCAACCUCUAUGUGUAUGCCACACUUGGCACCACUCAGCACUUUUAUGCUGGGCUCACGGACGAGACACUGCACCGCUUGUGGCGCAAUGCCAGUGAGCCCAUAGGCGCACUACUCGGUCUGGGACGGGCGUUGCCCGGCGACCAUGACCGACACUACAGCCUGCUCUUGGUGGACUCGAGUGCUGCUCUUCGGCAGCUUUAUGGGGAAUUGCUGGAGCUGCAUUUGAACAUUGGUGGCUACUUCAUUAUAGUGCUGCAUCCGUUCAACGCCACCGAGCUAUUGGCCAUCUUUAAGCUGAACUGGGAGGCGGGCAUUGCAAAUGUGAAUGUUUUGGCCCUGGAUGUGGCCGAGCAGACGGUGCAGCUUUAUACGGCACUUCCAUAUCAACAGGACCGUUGCAGGAGCAUUGAGCCUCACCUCACCAAUAGCUAUGCGAAAGGACGCUGGACUCGAGGCUCUGGGGACUUUUAUCCCGGCAAGCUGGCCAAUUUCUAUGGCUGCCCGUUUAGCUGUGCCACCUGGCCGGAAAUGCCUUAUUUGGAGCUACAUAAAAAGGCGGCAGGGGAAACAAUCGAGCUGCUGGGCAUCGAAGGAAGGUUGUUGGAGUAUUUGGCAGAGCGCUUAAAUUUCACAUUGGAAUUCUAUUGGCUCAAUGAUGAGGAAAUUGCAGACACGCUGAAGGACGAGGGCGCCGUUUUCGACAGGCUCUUUGCCAGCGGUAUUGAUUUUGCCAUCGGCGCGUUUCGUUAUAAGCCUACGCGUCCUUCGGAUCCGUAUGCACCCACUACGCCCUACUAUCUGAGUCGAUUGAAUGUGAUUGUGAGCUCACGCACCGCUCCCUACAGUGCAUUUGCCAAGCUAUUGUUGCCCUUUGUUCUGGAGAUUUGGGUCCUGCUCGGCGCCAGCUGUAUGGUGGGAGUGCUUAUCGUGUGGCGCCUGCGUCGCCAUGGACGCUGGCGUAAUCUGGUGCUGGGGGCUGAAAAUCGUACCCCCAUCUACAAUAUGUUCAUUGUUGGUCUGGGUGGCACGGUGACCGCAACGCCGGCUCGGAAUCUGGCCCGCUUUCUACUCACCCUAUGGCUGGCCAUGACUCUAGUGCUGAGGAGCGCAUACCAGGCCUUUAUGUACCACUUCAUACGCACGGAUCUGCAAAUGCCACCGCCAGAGAGUGUCGAUGAGCUAUUGCAGCUUAACUACACGCUGCUGAUGACCCCGUCGACCCAUGAUGCAGUGCAGCAAUUGCCGCGAAUCGCCGGCAAAGCCCAUGUGCUCAAUGCGACGAGUGAGGAGCAAUUGCAGGCCAUACGUGAGUCCCAGGAGCGGCUGGCGGUGCUCACAGCCAUGGAAUAUUAUGGUUACUACAGUCGACGGGCACGUUGGGAGGCGAUGCGUGAUUUUCAUGUCCUGCCCGAGCUGGUGCUGACGCAACAGUUGAGCAUUUAUAUGAGCAAGAAUUCUGUUAUGCUGGAGCGCUUCAAUCGCUACAUUUUGGAGUACAUGAACGCGGGCCUGAUGAGCAAAUGGGAUCAAGUGUUGCUCGAUGAGACUUGGAAAGAGGACGGCCAGCGGCUCAGAUGGCAAAGGGGAAAUGAGGAGCCGCCACAGCCCAUGCAGUUCUGGCAAUUGUUGGGCGCCUUUCGGUUGCUGCUGCUGGGACAUGCCUGUAGUGGAGCGGUUUUGCUGUGGGAGCUGGCCGCUUGGGCAGUGCAAAGACUGUGGCGUCAUGUAGCUGUUAACUUGGUGUAG